AUGCGUGCCGUCUCUGUCUUUCUGCUCUACGCCGCCAGCCUGGUCUCGUCCAGCGCUCUGCCCAACGUUGCUGAUGAUUCCGCUCUAGCUGCCCGCAACGGUGGCGAUGAGAACUGGGGCCACGGCGGCGGCUGGGGCCACGGCGGUGGUUGGGGUCACGGUGGUGGUGGUGAGACUACGCCUUGCGAGACCGACACUCAGACUGCCACUCCUCCUCCCGAGACGUCGACUCCCUGUGACACCACCACUACUCCCACGUCGCCUCCUUACGAGACCACCACUACUCCCACGACGACUCCUUGCGACACCACCACUACUCCCUCGUCGCCUCCUUACGAGACCACUACUCCCUCGUCGUCUCCUUACGAGACCACUACUCCCUCGACUACUCCUUGCGACACCACCACUACCCCCGCUGUGACUACUCCCCCGAGUACGACCACCAUCACCGUCACCUGGACUACCACUACCUGCCCCUUCUCCGUCACCACUAUCACUAGUGGUUCGGUCCCCGUGACCUCGCCCGUCACCUCGACCAAGACCAUCACCACCUCCACCGUUGUGACCUGCACUGGUGGCUGCGGUCCUACCGUGACUGUGCCUGCCAAGACCACCUGGACCACCAUCUGGACCACCUGGACCACCACCACCUGCCCCGUGGUGCCCACUACCAUCAGCGGUACCACGACCACGAUGACCCAGACCAGCACCAUCAUCGUCACUGGAAGCCAGACCUCCACCUGCGUCAUUCCCCCGGUCACCAUCGUGCCCCCGCCAGUGUCUGUCCCGGCCAGCUCUGUCCCCGUCGCCACCUCGACCCCCUACGUUCCUUCGGUCACCCCGGCCGCUCCGUCCUCUCCGAGCGGCGCGUCCCCGACCUACAACGCCGCCGCGCCUCUGUACCAGAAGUCGCUGGCUGGCGUCAUCCCCGGUCUGGCUAUGCUCAUGGCUUUCUUCUAA